UUUGAGGCACCGCAGAAGUCCUUUCUUCGGCUCCGGAGCGAUCCCGCCGCCUUCCCCGCUCGAGGCCACGCCCCCGUGCUCCUGCCGCCUUAUUUUCCCCGGAGAGUCCCGAGGCGCCGCGCCUUGGCCCCGCCUACAGCCCGAGGCCCCGCCCCCGGCGCCCCUCCCAGCCCUUUGAAGCGGCUCUGGCUGCGGCUGCCUCAGAGUGGCGCGGGGGGCGUGGGGCGGUGCUGAGGAGCUGAAGCCGUGGCCAGCUCGACGCCGGACAGUCCAGCGAGCAGCACGGCGGGAACCGGCAGCCGGAGCAGUCCCGGAGCAGAAGCAGUAGCAGCAGCCGUCGCCGUUCGCGGAGCGCAGCCGAGCCGGCCAUGGCGUUGUCGAUGCCGCUGAAUGGGCUGAAGGAGGAGGACAAAGAGCCCCUCAUCGAGCUCUUCGUCAAGGCUGGCAGUGAUGGUGAAAGCAUAGGAAACUGCCCCUUUUCCCAGAGGCUCUUCAUGAUUCUUUGGCUCAAAGGAGUUGUAUUUAGUGUGACGACUGUUGACCUGAAAAGGAAGCCUGCAGACCUGCAGAACUUGGCUCCCGGGACCCACCCACCAUUUAUAACUUUCAACAGUGAAGUCAAAACGGAUGUAAAUAAGAUUGAGGAAUUUCUUGAAGAAGUCUUAUGCCCUCCCAAGUACUUAAAGCUUUCACCAAAACACCCAGAAUCAAAUACUGCUGGAAUGGACAUCUUUGCCAAAUUCUCUGCAUAUAUCAAGAAUUCAAGGCCAGAGGCUAACGAAGCACUGGAGAGGGGUCUCCUGAAAACUCUGCAGAAACUGGAUGAAUAUCUGAAUUCUCCUCUCCCUGAUGAAAUUGAUGAGAAUAGUAUGGAGGACAUAAAGUUUUCUACACGUAAAUUUCUGGAUGGCAAUGAAAUGACAUUAGCUGAUUGCAACCUGCUGCCCAAACUGCAUAUUGUCAAGGUGGUGGCCAAAAAAUACCGCAACUUUGAUAUUCCAAAAGAAAUGACUGGCAUCUGGAGAUACCUAACUAAUGCAUACAGUAGGGACGAGUUCACCAAUACCUGUCCCAGUGAUAAGGAGGUUGAAAUAGCAUAUAGUGACGUAGCCAAAAGACUCACCAAGUAAAAUCGCGUUUAUAAAAGAGAUGUCUUCAUGUCUUCCCCUAAGAAUAUGCUUUUCCUAACAGGCUACUCCUUCCUAUAGAGCAGAAAUUGUAUUUUGCACGAACAUGCAGUUAUUGAAGAUUAGGAUCAAGGAUAGACAAGGUAUAGUAGUUAUCUUAAAAUAUACACUCCUAAGCAGUAUUAUUUUAAAAUCCUUUUACCCUGGCUACCUCCCCUACCUGGGUUCCCCUCUCUUUAAUUUGGAGACACUCCACCACAAACUUUUCACUUUAGAGGUAGCUUGCCAUCUCUCAGGAGCCCUCACCAUUGUGUCCAUUCACUGUGUAUAGAUGGCAGAACUUUUGAGGUGCAAUGUUUAAUUGUUAAAAAUAGUAGCCAUGACUUUAUCAGGCAGCCCCAAACUGGUGCAUAAUGCAGGUACAAGGAAUAUUUAUGUAUUUUUUGGAAUUUUUAGUAAUAUUUAGUAAGAGUAUAUGAAAGGAUUGCUACUGUAUCAGAAAUAUUCUUUCAAUUUAGUCUAUCCUGGAUAUGUACUAACGAAUAUUACCACCAGAGAAGAGAGCUUUCUACAAACGUCACUACAGAUUUUGCUAUAUUGCUUUGUAGAUAGAUUUUUACUUUUGCCUAAAAGCAUUUAUCCUUCAUACCAGUUGUAACAUCUGACACCAUGUAGAAGCUAAAAGUUUAGAGGGAGUGAGGGUUUUCUCAAGACCUUCCUCAAGCAUUUUAUCUUUAUAAGAGAAACCGAUGGGCACCUGAUACUCUGUCUAAAUACGUUUGUUAUAUGUGUUUUGCCCUGUGCCAUUCAUUUAGAACUUUAUUGCUUUCUUUAUUUUAAAAAGCUUGUUUUUAGGUAAUCAUAGAGCUUGCUAUUUGUACAUCUUUUGAGCAACACUACAUAACUGAUUUUAGUCGACUUAGCUAUAACAGUACAAUGAUUAGUAAUGUAAAAAUUAACACAGAAAUUAACCUAAGGAAUGAAGGGUGGGUUUGUCAAAAUACCAAGUAAAUUUUUGUUUCUAAAGUACAUUUAAUGUAGAUGACCUAAAGAAUGCAUUAUCCAGCCUAUAUAAAAAAAAGGUAAAACACAGGUCACCAAUUUUCUCAUUUCACCCCAUUUACCUUAUAUAGAGGAUUGUUUAUUCUUUUGGGACUAAGUUAUAGUUAUGGUGAAUGUGUAUUUACUGUAGUUUUGCCUAAUCUCACUCAUUGCACUUCCUGGAGUUAUAUUUUCCAACAGCCAUGUUGAGGAAUAGCACUCUGCAUGUUUUUGUUUUGUUUUUCGGGGUUUUUUUUUAAUUGAAGCCCUAAACCAGGAAUUAUUUGUGCUCUAACAAAGGAGGAUGAACUUGCUGAAAAUAAAACUUCGCUAUGUAUUUACUCUUUUUUAAAAGACAAAAACAAAACCAGACUUUCUACAUACUACUCCAAAGACUGUGAUUGUGACUAUAACACAUUUUUGGUAAUUUUUUUAUACCUAAUUUGUAUAGGAAGUGCUAUUUCUCAUAGGCUGUUUCUUGAAAUUUUGUUUAUUGCUUUAAAAUGGCAGUGUUUCUCCCACUUUGAUAUGCUAACAUUUAGUAAGCACUGGCUUUAUGAAAGCAGCUUUUUAUAAGUGUACUGCAUUUUUUGAACCUAAUGUUAAUUAGCUUAGUAUGAAAGAUAAGAAAAUCUCCAUGUUGUAUCCAUUUGGUUCAGGGAGAUUCUUUGCCUUACCUUUCUUAGAACUCUUUAUUGCUUAUCAAAAGUUUGAGUACCCGCUUGGUUUUUUUUGGUAAUUAAAUAUUGUAUGAUUUAUCUGGUUCAAGGAAGAUGCACUAUUCAGUUAUCUGUUGAGAAAUUAUUUUGCAGUGGUUUUAGUGGGUGAAAGUGUCCCAUCUGCACCAGUACACAGGCAGGCAUUAUCACUCUUCACCUACUUUUUAAAUAGUGGCAACUUGGGAUUCAUUCUGGUGAUUCUGAACCUUGCCUCAUAGCUUAAAGUAUAAAAAAGAUUCAAGAGCAGUGAGGUUUGUUCUUUCCAGUGAAUGGUGGACUGAGUGGUGCGGGGUGGAGGGCUAACAGAGGAAAGAGCUCCAUUCUUCAGAAUACAGUGAUGAAAAUUCAUUUUGAAACUAAAAUAUUUUCAUUUUGGAUAUUCUCCUGUUUUUAUUAACCCAGUGAUUACACUUGGCCAUCCCUCUAAAUGUUCAAGGAAGGCAUGUCUAUUGUGAUUUUGAUGAAGACAGAAUUAUUUUUCUCUGUAGAAAGACAGAUACCACUUUAUCAGGGAAGUUAGUCAAAUGAAAUGGAAAUUGGUAAAUGGACAAAAGCUAGCUAGUAAAAAGGACGAUCCAGCAACAUGCUUUAACCCCAUUGUAUGUUUGUGGAAAGAGCAUAGUUUAACAUCUUGAGAAAUUUGGGACAUAAAAGUUUUCUUGUUUUUUUUCUUUUUUUUUUUUUUUUCUUUUUUUAGACAAACAGCUUUAUUUGAAAGACGGGGGACAGCUAAGUUCCUCCGACCCCGCGGUCCUGGCGACGUCGGUCUCAGGCGUGGGAGGACCAGUGUCCUGCGGAGAAAAAACAGGGUUAGGAGUAUGCAGUCGGGGUCAGGAGUCAGGGGCCAGACCUCGCGAGCGGCCGCACCCAGUGGGGAGGCCGCGGCGCCUGUCAGGGCCUGGGUUUCACCGCCGCACAUGGGGCAGCGCGCGGUGAGCUGAGGCCCCCGGAGGCUCUGGGCGCCGAAUCUCACCCGCAGCCACGGCCAGAGCCGGGGGUGAUUUUCAACCAACGCCGGAAAAGUUUUCAUGGUAGACACUUCAUGCAGUAUAUGAAUUGACAUAAUGGAAAUAAUCUGAUUUUAUUUUUACAACUAACGAAUCCAUUCCCCUUCAUUUAAACACCUUUUGUAUUUUACUGAGGAGGUUUUAGUGAGGAGAUUGGAGUCUGAAUGGAUCUGUUUUCCAAGAGAUUCUGAGAAAUUUUUGUAUUCAACAGUUGGAAAGCUCUCUAUUCUAGUUGAUAAAACUUCCCUUUUUUGAUGUAGAUGCAGAUUAUUCUAUACAGUUCUGUUGUCUUUUACUAGGACUGUUAACUUUUGUGAUAAAAUUCAAAUAAGAUUUUAUUUCUUGGUAAUUUUGGCUUUCGCAGUUUAUCUUUAAAUCCUUGAGCAAUCUGUAUACAAUUAAGAGAUUUCUGACAUUUAUUCUUACACUAAGUGGAUCAACUCUAGGAUUUAGGCAUGUUAACUUUACUUCUGUUGUGUUUUGAAUCUCUCCAGAGUUGCAUGUAGAUAGCAUUUAUUUCUGUGCACUUAAACCCAUUUAGAAAAUAACUACAAAGUAAAAAUGUAGAGGAAAUGGAAAUGUAUUUUUUCAUGAACAUUUUGAUACAAAUUUCAUCAUUUAAUGAUUCACCAAUUUCUUGCAUUAAUUUGAAUUUAAGCAUUUAAUUCAAAGAGAGGGGAGCAUUCGUUAUUGAUAUAUGUGGGCUUUUAAAAACUCCAUCCUUUAUAAAUAGUAAAGGUUUGGGCCACACAAAGUAUAUUUUUAUCAUGGAAAAAUUUCAACUCCUCAAGCCGUAAUGUUGAACAGAAUUGGAGUAUUUUCUUUAUAAUUUCUUGACAGGCAAAUGAAAGCUUAUUAUAGAAUACAUGUAUUUUCUUUUCUCUUUGGAACAUCAACACCAGUAUAUUGCUGGCAGCUAUUGUAUUAAAAAAUAAAGUAUAUUUUCACUAUCAUAAAGGAUUCUUUUUUCCCCCCUCAUGAAAAUAAACAACAAUUUGAGGUAAAA